GAAGCGACACUAUCGCCACUUUAUUUGUUCUUUUUGCAUUCAAUUACUUCACGUUCUAAAAGUGUGGUCGUAUCUUUAAGGUUUUAGUUAAUUCAUGGUGUAAGUGCAUCUGAUUUUCUUCCAUUUGAUUCGACCGGUGAUUACGUUUAAGAAAGCUAACGAUAAUAUGGAUUGUAGUUGUCAAAAUUCAAAUUUCAAUACUAAAUAUUUACUUGGUCAAUUAAAUACAGCCAGAAAAGAAAUUAAUAAUUUAAGGCAGCAAAUAAAAAGUCUUCGAUACAUACAUGAAAAGGAAAUCGAUACUAUAAAACAUAUAUUAGAAUCAUUCAAAAAUGAAUCUUCUGCAUCUGAUACAAAAGUUAUUGGUCCAGAUGAUGUGAAACCUAGUACAAGUACAGAUGAUGAUGCUAUAAGAUUAAAGCCAAUUGGAGUAAUAUCUACUUGGUUUCCUAGUAAACGUGGUACCCCUAGACAAACAGGGAUUUGUGGGAAAGUACCAGGAAAAUUAUUGUUAUAUAAUUCAGUAUUUACUAAUCCUGAUCAUGCACUUGAAGGACUACAAGACUUCUCACAUAUGUGGGUUUUAUUCUACUUUCAUAGAAAUGAUUCAACGCAUAUUCGUGCCAAAGUUGCACCACCUCGAUUAAAUGGCACAAAAACUGGUGUAUUUUCUACCCGUUCUCCUCAUCGCCCAUGUCCUAUUGGUUUAAGUUUAGUAAAGAUUACAAGAAUAGAAAAUCAUACGAUUUAUUUUGAAGGUGUGGAUAUGGUGGAUCAAUCACCUGUAUUAGAUAUAAAACCUUAUAUACCACAAUAUGAUAGUCCAUUAUAUUUUGAAAAAGCAAAUAACAGAUCACAAGAAUCGACUAAUGUAAAUGACACAUUGGAAUCUAUUGAAGAUACUAGCAGAAAUGAAACAAUCAGUGCUAAUGUCAAUCUUGGAGAUGAAACAAGGAACUUACUUUCAGAUUCUUAUUAUAGAAAAAAUACCAACAAAAGCAAUCAAGAAACAGAUAUUUCUAGAGACGAAGAAAUUGCUUUUAGAUUACAAGCAGAGGAAUUUCAAAGAAAUUCUAAUUUUGAACAUUACAACAACGUAACACAUUUUUUUGAAUUGAGUGAUGUCAAUAUGCAUAAUAGUAGCAUAUUACAGCAUAAUAUAGAUGUAACAGGAAUACACAGAUUAUCUCACACAUAUACUAACACAUUGUCUGAUGCAAGAUCAAAUUUGAAUACAUCUACUGGAAACAAUACACUUUCAUCUAAUUUGGAACAACAACCUGAAAGUUUAAUAGAUAUAAAUAGUAGACUACAAAAUAUUAAUGCGAGUAGUCAUACCAAUGUCGAACCGACAUAUACACCGAGAAAUAAUUAUAUAGAGACACAUGCUUCCCGCUCUAGACUUUUGGAUGGUGCAGAUGGGCCAAAUACUGUUUGUGGUACCGACAUAGAUUUAAUUAAUAGACGAUCAUUAAAUUCGAGAAUUGAUAAUUCCCCUAUAAGAAUGGGAGUUCGAGAAGCUCCUGACGGAGAAGAAGGUUUGGAACCACAAAACCUUAUUUCUUCACAACCUUUACAAAAUACUCAAGUAAUAAGGACUACAUCAGACAACAGUUUGUUAGAUAGUGCAAAUACAAAUUUAGUAUUCUCGUCUGAAUCAGGAAACGUUGAAAAUAGAGAGACAGAAUCUAAUACCUCUUCAGAGGUAAGAAUUCCAGACUGGAUAUCAAGACCUCGAACGCCUCUUUGUGUGGUAUUUAACGAUCGUGCUUUGAUUCAAUUGAACGAAAUUUUAGGAACCAAAAUUAAUGAUCAAAAAGUAGCAAUUGAAAAUGUACUUCGUGAAGAUCCAAGAUCGGUAUACUUAAGACAAAGAUGGGGUAGUCAGUUUUAUACUUUCUUAAUUCAUGAUUUACAUAUCACUUGUAGAUUUGAUGAUAAUAGAGGUAUAGUUACAGUUUUUCAAGUUAGACAUGCUGGUCGUAUUUGUGAAUGUGGAGAACUUGAAUGGCAAUGUUUGGGUCAUUCACCACCACCGUCUUAAUGUACGCGAACGCGUGCAUGUAUUUGUGAAUGUGUACAUAUAUAACGUAUGCACAUAUACUGUAGAUAAUUUUAAUUCGACACAUUUUUAAAUUGUUGGUUAUA